AUGGACCAGCCGAUGGUAGUGUCACAAUUACGUUGCGCUGGUGUGAUCGAGGCAAUCCGCAUUUCACGUGUUGCAUACCCGAACCGAUUGCUGCUAGAGGAAUUGAUGGACAAGUUUUGGGUAUUUGACGUGAAGCAACGCAAUACCGAUGUUUCUGUCAAACAACGAUGCGAGACACUGAUGAAAAAGAUGGAAUUGUCUUCGCCUGAGCAAUACCAGAUAGGCUUUUCGCGCAUAUACUUCCGUUAUGGAAUUUUGGAACAAAUGGAGGACAAAAAGGCGAUCCGAUUGGAUCUUCAAGCUCGACACUUGCAGCAUUACAUGCGUGGAUUUUGCUGUAGGCUUCGCUUCCUUUGCAAGUUGCAAGCAAUCGUCAAGCUGCAGUCGGUUGCUCGAUGCGUCAUUACGAUGAAUCGGUAUCAGUCGUUCAAGACUGCUGUUACCCUGCUGCAGGCGCACUGGCGUGGAUACAAUGGUCGCUGUGCCGCGCUUAAUGCUAAGAAGAACAAUAGCGCGAUCAUUCUUCAAAAAUAUGCUCGUCGCUUUGUCAAACGCAAACAAUUUACGGACGCACGGAAGAUUGCUGUGAAGAUUCAAGCCUUUUUGCGCAUGAAGAACGAGCGACCAAAGUAUAUAAAAGCCCUUCAGAAGAAAAAGCAGCAAGCUGACAUGGAGUACCAAUUGAACAAGCUGCAGGAGCGUCUUCAUGAUGAACAGCGGCGAAACGCUGAAUCCAAGAAGGAUAGAUUGUCUUCGUCGUCUACUGACGGCCAGCUUAAUGCAGAAACCAGUGCUCGCGGGCGGUCUACUGCUCACGUAUGGAUGGCUGACGCUGAUGGUAUCAUCAACCAGCUAAAUGAAGAGACUGGGCGCUUGCGCAAAGAAAAUGAGGAGCAACGUGCACGAACUGCGCAACUCAAAAAGGAAGUUGAGAAGCUAAAGUUCGACCAAACGGUGCUUUCCGCGAACUUUCAAGUCAAGAUCCGAGGUUUCCAAGACGCGAUUCGAGAAAAGGACAAGAAGCUUGAAGUUGUGGAACGCGAGUGCGCAAAGCUUCGUGGAAGUGCUAGCUCCGACCCUGUCUUCUCUAGUCAGAAAUCGAUGCGGAAGGACCAUCGCUCUGUGUUCCGAAGGUUGGGAUCCAAGAAAGCGCUGGAGAACGACUACGAUAAUGGCGAUGGAGGCGAAGCAUCGACAGUUUUGCAAGCGGCACUUGCCGAGAAAUCAGCUGAAACAGAGCAGUUCCUCCGUCAAUCCGCGCGACGGCUCACCCUAUGGGGUGGUGACAGCGCUGGUGAGAAUCGUGAUAUGGGCGACUCUGGUAGCCGCCCGUCACUUUUGCAAGAAGUCAGUACGGCUCGGGCCGGUGCAAUGGAGUCGUUAAAGAAUAGGCUUACAGCUGUGAAAGACAAGUACUACGGAGAGGAAGGAUCGUCGGCAGCUCCGCGUCAGCACGCGGAUUUUCGGACAGAUUCUGCGGUCCGGGAGGCGCUGAACUUGGACGCGUUGCCACUUCCUUCUGGUUGGGAAAUGCGUCAUUCUCGCUCAAAGAAAAAACAAUACUACUGCAACCCGACUUUGAGAAUCACACAAUGGGACCAUCCGUGGAUUGAUGCAAGUAAAGCGAAGAAACAGGGAGCUGCAGCUGUACAGCGCGCAAGGAGGUAA